AAUUAGAAUUUUUUUUUAUUUUUUUUACAUCAGCAGGAUCGAAUUAGAUUUCUCAAAUUUAAUUUCACCACCUUUUUAUUUCUCGGAAAAAAAUUAUAAACCUACCUUGACUACCUAAGUCACAUAUUAAAAAUAAGAAGCUCAAAAAGAACAAAGUUAAAGCAUCCACUUAAAUUCCAAAGUAAAUUCACUCUCACCACCAACAUAGUAUGUAAAAAGAAAGGAAUUUGAACUCUCAGAAGUCAGAACUGGGUAAUCUUUGUUUGUAUUAUUCUCUCUGUAAAUAAUCAUCACUACUAAUCUGCUAUUUUAAUUGUUAAUCACCAUUACUAUAGUCAAACCCAUUUCAAUUUUUGAACAAAAAAAACCUUCUUUUUUUUAUUUCACACUCUUCUCUACAACACACAAACACAUUCCAAAUUCCAAAAAUCCAAAAAAUCAAUCUCCCUCUCUUACUCCCAUUCUCUCUCCUCUGUUUUUCUCUGGGGUUGUAGAACAAGAACAAGAACAAACUCUGUAUUUUGUGUAUAUUUCUGUAAUUAGAGAGAGAAAGUGAGAUUUUUAGAGAGAGAAAUUGAAAGAGAAAGUGACCAUUCAUUGAAAGAGAGAGAGAAAGAAAGAAGGGGUGUUGUGGGGGUUCACUUUGAGAAAGGAGUAAAGCAUAAAUCAUCAGUGGGUAGUAAUAGUAAUAGUAAUACUAAUACUAGUAGUAUUUCAUUUCAUCCCCAUUUUUUGUAGGGUUCAUUGCCCACUAAAAAAUUAAUCUAAAACCCCCUAUUUUUUUUCUCUCUCUCUUUUUUUUUGAAAUUUAACAACCAAAAUAUUGAUUGAUAGAGAUUUGGAUUAGCUGAGAUUAAAACUUGACAUUAAUACUGAUUUUUUUAAUGGUGGAAAUGUUGGGUUCAAUUUUGAACUGAAUUUGUGACGAUCUUUUCUGGGUAUUUUAAGAUCUUAUGGUGUGGAGUUUUUUCUAUAUUAAGCACUGAAAAAUCGCGAUUGCUUCUUGUAUUGUACAUACGUAUGCUUGUGAGGCGAAGAUUGUAGAAGUUGGGAGAGGCACUAGGGUGAGUGGUGUUGUGUUAAAAAGGCGAAGAUGACAUCAGAUGUGCCUCUAGAUUAUGCUGUAUUUCAGUUGUCUCCUAGACGGUCACGCUGUGAGCUGUAUGUUUCCUAUGAUGGCACUACGGAGAAGCUCGCAUCAGGACUUGUAAAGCCUUAUGUUACUCACUUAAAGACUGCAGAAGAGCAGGUUGCAUUGGCUGUGAAGUCAAUUAAACUUGAGGUGGACAGAUAUAAAAAUGCAGAGACAUGGUUUACAAAGGGGACUCUUGAGAGAUUUGUGCGAUUUGUUGGCACACCCGAGGUUUUGGAAAUGGUCAACACAUUUGAUGCAGAGAUGUCCCAGCUAGAAGCAGCUCGCAGAAUCUACUCACAGGGAGCAGGUGAUGAUCAAUCGAGUGCAUCAGGUGGGGAUGGAACUGGAGCUUCUGCGGCAUCCAAUGCCACAAAGAAGGAGCUACUGAGAGCCAUUGAUGUGCGGCUUGCAGCAGUUAAGGAAGACUUGACUACAGCUUGCUCCCGUGCUUCUGCUGCUGGUUUCAAUCCUGUAACGAUAUCAGGAUUACAGCAUUUUGCAGAUCGCUUUGGCGCUCAUCGCCUCAGUGAAGCUUGCAGCAAAUUCAUCACCCUUUCUCAGCGACGUGCUGACCUCUUCAUCAACAGCCAACCACCGACAACAUGGAAGUCCUCCGAACUUGCCCUGCGCUCCUCCUGCAGCUCCGAUAUGUCCCUUGAUGAACCCUCUGAUGACCAGCCUAAGCCCUCCCCCGUUCCCACCACCACCAAGGUCACCUUCCCUUUACGCCGCUUUUCUAGGGAGCCCAGUCCUAGCUCUGUUGAUGAUGGAGAGGAAAGAGAAAGUGCCAAAGCCAUAGAAAAGGACAUAGAAAAAGACAAAACUGCGGUCCCCACCACUUCUACUUGUAACUCAACGACUGAGUCAGAACAAUCUCCCUCCACGUCAACUCAGACACCUCAGCUCACCAGACGGCUCAGCGUGCAAGAAAGAAUAAGUAUGUUUGAGACCAAGGCUCAGAAGGAUAUUUCCCCCUCCCCUACUACUGUUGUUUCUGGUGGGGGAAAACCUGAGCUCCGUCGACUGUCAUCCGACGUUACUUCUUCAACUGACAAGGCUGUUUUACGGAGAUGGAGUGGUGCGAGUGACAUGAGUAUUGAUGUUAGUGGGGAGAGGAAGGAGCCUGACAGCAAUGCCAACACUCCUACACCCACGUCCACUUCUAUACCCCAUCCCGUUUUCCUUCCAAAAUCUAAGGAUCAGAGUGAUUUAAAGGCGGAGGACGUUAAGGAAUCUAAGGUGCUGGUGAGACCGAAAUUUGGUUCCCAAUCGGCUGUUUUAUCUGGUGGUGGUUCUGGUUUGGAGGAGUCUCCGGCAUCUGAGGCAAAUUCUAAAAUCGCAUCUUUCUCAGGGAGAUCAUCAGAGAGUUUGGGAUUGAAGGAUGAACAAAGUGGUGGGGUGGUCCGUUCAACUGUGAUGCCUUUUGGCAAGUGUGAGGAAUUCAGGUUAGAGAAUCAGCCAUCCUCUAUUCAGACUCAGAUUAGAUCUCGGCCUGGGAAAACAGAGCAGUUGGAUUCCUGUGAUCAGAUAGCCACAGAGGAGAAGGUAAAGAGCUCUCUGGGUGGUGGAAGCAAACCACAGGAGGAUACAGGGAAGAAUUUUGGUGCAUCUGCAUUUGCCAUGGAUGGAAAUUCUGGUGGUGUACAAUGUGACAUUGAGGAUGAGCAGAUGAGGGAUCAGCAGGUUCGCAGAUCAACUUACCGGACAUCUCGUAGGAGAACAGUUGACGUUGCAUCGGAAUCAGCAGCGUCUGAAACUUAUUCUCAGGCUGUUACUCAGAACAAAGGAGGUGAGGCUUAUUCCAUGCCUGCUGAUCCUAGGUGGAGAUAUGUAGGGGGAGAAGUUGAUAAGGCUGGAAGGAAAGAUUCUGGGUCAUUUGAGAAGCAGGCCGACAGUUUAUUAAUACAAAUGGAAAAUUCUGCUUCGUACAGAGGAAAAUUUCAAGGGCAUGGUUCUUUUGAUCAAAUGAAGAAACCUGGGGCUAGAUGGGAAGAGAGUGGUGCUGGAAUCCAGCAGGAUUCAGCUGGGAGAAAUGUAUUUGAGAAUAAGGAAGUUUCUUCCUCAACAUCUUCAUUCUCUGUGGAUCAAGUUCAGAGGGUAAGACAGCCAAAAGUUAAUCUGGGGGUGAAUGAUGAUCUGAAAUUGAAGGCAAACGAGCUUGAGAAAUUGUUUGCUGAGCACCAACUUCGUGCUCCUGUUGAUCAAUCAAAUUCUGCUCGGAGAACCAGGCCUGUUGAUAUGUUCAUGGAGCAGGAAAUAACUUCUGUCAAUAAGAAACCUGUGAUAGAGGCUUCUCCUGCCCAGAUUACUACCAUGAAGUUCGAGGGUGAGCCUGCAGCAGGUUCUGGUAGUAAAGAGAGGAACAAUUCUACUCCAAUGACGAAAUUUGUUGGUAAUCAGGAAUAUGAUGUCACACCAAAGCAAAACAUUUACAGCCUUAGCUUUACAGAUGAUUCUAGAGGAAAAUUGUAUCAGAAGUAUAUGCAGAAGAGGGAUGCCAAAUUACGGGAUGACUGGAGUUCAAAAAGAACUGAAAAGGAAUCUAAGAUGAAGGCAAUGCAGGAUAGCCUUGAGAAAAGUAGAGCUGAGAUGAAGGUCAAGCUGGCAGGAUCUGCAAACAAGAGAAAUUCUGUUAAUGAUGUUCGUCGGCGGUCAGAGAAAGUGAGAUCAUAUAAUUCCCGAUCAGCAUUGAAGAGAGAGCAGCCUAUUGACUCUCUCUUGAGUGAUGGGGAUGAAGAUCAAGCUGAAUUUGUUGGAAAAAAGCUCAGUGAGACAUAUUUGGGAGAUGCCUCUUCUAGAAGUGCACAAAACAGAAAGGUUGUACCCAGCAAAAGUAUAGCAUCCUCUACACCUCGUAACUCUGCAGCACCUAUUCCUAGGUCUUCUGGGAAAGCUUCUAAUUCUGCUGCAGGGAGAAGAAGGAUGCCUUAUGAUAACCCUCUUGCACAGUCGGUUCCUAAUUUCUCUGAUUUACGAAAAGAAAACACAAAGCCAUCACCUGCAGGAAGUAAACUAGUCCGUCCUCAAGGAAGAAACCAUGCUCGCAAAAAGAGUGUUAGUGAAGAUUUGCCACUUGUUAAUGAAGAAAAGCCACGACGACUUCACUCUUUGAGAAAGAGCACAGCUAAUCCCAUGGAAUUGAAUGAUUCCCGUAAUUCUGAUGAUCUUGAUGAUGCUGUCUUCACACCAUCAAAACAUGGUAAAGAGGAGAAUGAGGUUUAUCUUAAUUUCUCAAAGGAUAUAGAAUCAAAGGCUUUUCCAAGAAAAGGUAACGGUGUUGGACAUAUAUCUGGUGUGGGUAGAGCAAAAGCUUCAAUGAUGGUUGAGGCAUUGGGAAAUGGGCAUGAUUUUGAUGAAGAGAGUUUUGAAACGGAAGAGAUGACAGAUGUAGCCAAAGACGAAGAGGAUGAUUUUGAAACCACAGUAGGUGGAGAAUCGGCUGACAUGGACAACAGUAAAGGAAGAUUGAGCCAGGAGUCUGACAAGUCAGCAAUUUCUGGGUAUGGAAACAGCAAUGCUCUUGGAAUGGAAGGCCCUGCUUCUGUCACUGAAUUACCUACUUCCAUGUCUUCUCUUUUUCGUUCCAUGGGAUCCAUUCAAGACUCACCAGGAGGAAGUCCUGGGUCUUGGAAUUCACGUGUGCAUAACCCUUUUUCCUUUUCACAUGAAAUCUCAGACAUUGAUGCGUCUGACUCACCAGUUGGGAGCCCUGCGUCUUGGAACUUCCACUCUCUAACACAGACAGAUGCCGAAGCUGCUAGAAUGAGAAAAAAGUGGGGAGCUACCCAGAAACCUAUUGUUGGUGACUCAUCACCUAGCUUGUCACGCAAGGACAUGACUAAAGGUUUAAAGAGAUUCUUGAAAUUUGGAAGGAAGAACCGUGCAACUGAGAGUCUGGCAGACUGGAUCUCCGCAACCACAUCAGAAGGGGAUGAUGAUACUGAAGAUGGAAGAGAUCUUACUAAUCGGUCAUCAGAAGAUUUGAGAAAGUCAAGAAUGGGAUUUUCACAUAGUCAUAAUUCUGACGAGGGAUUCAAUGAUAAUGACCUGUUCAAUGACCAAGUUCAAACAUUACAAGGUUCAAUCCCAACUCCACCAGCAAAUUUCAAAUUUAGGGAUGAACAUCUUUCUGGAAGUUCUCUGAAAGCCCCCAAGUCAUUCUUCUCACUUUCAAAUUUCCGGAGCAAGGGAAAUGACUCAAAGCCCAGAUAACAUUUAAGGUACAGCAUAUACCAUACUGGAAGAUUGUUGCGAUGCUCAGAACCAUCUCAAGAGAAUGUGAUGUUAAGGAUGGGAAGCAUAGAACAUACUCGGGAACUCUUGAGGUAAAAAGCAGGUACAGCACCAUAAAUCAGCAUCUAUUGUUGCUUUGAUACUACUGAGAUGUAGUUGGUUUCAAGAUAUGUUGUAUAUUUGUAAUGGUUGAACAGUUGCCAAUUGGCGGAAUGAUACUGUGAUUUUUGGUAGUGCCACAGCAUUCUUUCUUCUUCCUUUGCAGAUGUCUUGUGUAUUACACCUAUCUACCCAAAUUUUACUGCAUCUAUUCAUGGGAUUAAAGUCCUGGAAUAAUAGUAGAGGGAAGAGAUUUUUGCACUGCCGAAGUUGAUAUUUACAAUCAUUCUUGUGAGAGGAGCAUUGCAAAAUGCAUUCUUGAGGGUUGGGAGUGUAAAGAUCAACUUUUGAAGUGUAAAAAUUCUAAACCCUUUUCUUUUUAAGCUCUCCUAAAGUUUGGGUUAGCUUUGAUCAACUCAA